UCACGUGACUCCGUCACCCUGGAUACCGUCAACGCUUCGACGUCGCGUCCUUCCCUGUAGUUUUACGGACCAGCAAGAAGUUUAUUUGCGUCGUUAAAAGAGAGGGUUGUGUUGUUCUGCCCGAGUUACGACGAAAUCCAGAAAUGUCAUCUCCGUGGAACAACAAAGGGUUGCCAUUCCUGCCCGGAUAUUCCUUCCAGGAUUUCACAAAAUCCACCUUCCAUCAACCCCAGACUUUGGACUACCACAAUGGCUAUCCUGUGGUUCGUCGCCUCUCUGUGGGGAUCGGCCAAGAACGUCAUCUUUCUGAACAGCUCAACACCACCGCCCGGCAUUUCCAAGAGCUUUCCUUCGCCUCCUCUGACCGGAAAGUUCAUGAGCCUUUCGUGCCAGCCUAUGUGGUUCUUGAUAAGAAGGUGCUGCGCUUCAAUGCAUUCUUCAAAGAGGAAGUCUUGUUUUCUUCAUCUGAAGAAUACCGAGUGCGUCCAGUGAUAAUUUGCUACCACCUUGAGGACGACACCAUGGAAGUUGUGGAGCCCAAAGUGGAAAACUCGGGGUUGGAUCAAGGAAUAAGGCUGACACGGCAUAAAAUACCAAAGAAUGACCAGGGACAGUGUUACCUGUGGAAAGACCUCAACAUCGGGAUGGAUCUGAAGCUGUAUGGCUGUACAUACCACAUCACGCAGUGUGAUGCUUUUACAAAGGAGUUCAUGAAAAGUGAAGGGAUCAUUUUGAAUGAACCAGAGCCAACACCAGAAGAUCCCUACAUCAGAAAGCGCAAAGUUGCACCGAAUCCUCAGAUUCAGACUCAGCCCUCCACACCUAGCAAGCUGAAGCAGUUUCUCACCUUGGAUGGGAAGGUGCUCAGCUUCUUUGCUCUAAUGAGGGAGGUUUCCAAUCAUCAGCACACUUUUCCGGUCACCAUCCACUAUUUCCUCGCUGACGAUUCGGUGGAGAUCAGAGAGGCCUACAAAGACCGCAGAGAGCUUUCCUCCUCUGUUCUGAUGGCCAGACGGAAAAUACCUAAAAAAAUCAAACCAGGAGCGUUCCCCAGCUGUGUGAUGGAGCCCUCACACCUAGAUGUGGACGAGUACUACUCUCCCAAAGACUUUCAGCUGGGCCAAACGGUUACACUGCUCGCCCGUUCCUUCUUGCUGUGCGACUGCAACAAUUUCACCAAAAAGUAUUACCAGGAGAACCACCCGGACAUGGAAAUGAAACCCCUGGAGAUGACAGAAGGGUUUGAAACAGCUCCAAACGAGACGUUCAGACCAGCUGAUGCACAAAAGGCUCCUCCUAAAGUGGAGAAGAACCUGGAGAAUCACAACAAAGUGUUACGCUACAAAGCCAAGCUGGACUCUCCACAUCCAGAAGACCAAGACCGUUCUUUCGUCUUCAUUUACUCUCUCUUUGACAAAACAAUCAGCAUCUUCGAAAAGGCGUUGUCCACUUUCGACUCUGGAGUCUUCCUAAGGAACACACGAGUUCCCAAGCCGGGUUCCACUCAGGAAAACCCAGAGUUCUACUCACCUGAAGACUUUGCUAUUGGAGCCACUCUGGAAGUUUUCAGCCACCGCUUCAUCCUGACCGACGCCGACCUCUACGUCCUCAAAUACCUGGAGUCCAUCCCCGACCAGGUCUCUUCUCAAACACUGGACUCUCUGCGACAGAAGUUGAGCGCUCAACCUAACAAUGAAGAAGAAAAACCUCAAGAUUUCUGAUUUAAAAGAAAAUCCAAGGAACUUUGCAAAUUGUCUAAUAAAUGUGUUGCUUCUAAACUC